AGCAAUGACACAAAGGGGGAGGCCCAUUCACAUUUCCUGCAGUGAGACCUUACUUUUUCAACUGUUACGAAUUUUGGUCGAAGACCAGAAUUCACCAUGAAAUACAGGACGGUGGUGAUGUACGUGGAGAUUGGCUGCUUCGUGUCCUGCUUAUGUGGCUGGAUUCUGGUCUCUUCAACUCUUCCCACAGAGUACUGGACUUUCUCAGAGGUGGGCACCGUAGUGCUGACCACCUCCAACUACUACUCCAACCUGUGGAUGGACUGCAUCUCAGACACCACGGGGGUGUCUGACUGCAAAUACUACCCCUCCAUGCUGGCCCUGCCUGUGUUCUUGCACGCCUGCAGAGCACUGGCGGUCUGUGCUGUCAUUACAGGCUUCUUCGGUGGCGUCCUCACACUCAUAGGGAUGAAAUGUACUAAAAUAGGUGGGACAGAGAUUGUCAAUUCAAGGGUGACAUUUUCUGGUGCUAUCACCUACCUGGCUUCAGGCGGCUGCGGCAUGAUCACCUACUCGUGGUGGGCUAACAGAGUCAUAACUGAAUUUAAGAAUCCAAAUUUCAGGUCACAGAAGUUUGAACUUGGAGCAGCAAUUUUUGUUGGCUGGGGAGGAUCCCUUCUUCUUAUUUGUGCAGGGGCAGUGCUGGCCUAUUUGUCUGGGAAAGAAAUCCUACCAUCAUGCAUCAGUUCCACCCAAAGGCCACAGAGACCAGUUUCCUACACCACUGCCCGUACCAGACGUACAUACAUGAUGCCGCCCCCAUCCUCCAGAGUGACAUUAGUGCCCCCACUGUAUAACAAAGGCAUGGAUGGCCGAACAACCAGAGCAACAAAUAAGACAGAUCAAACCUUGGGCAGAGACAGCUUCGUCUGAGCCAGAGGGAACCAAGAGUGAAGAGAACAGAAAACGUAUGAUUACCCAUACAAUAUGAAGCUGUAGCAUAAAGGAGAAAUUGCUCUUACUGGUUGGUGUUGUAAAUUACAUUUGAGUCCACAAGGUGGACGAGGUGUAUUUUGUAUAAAAAUUGGCCAACCUCCUCAAAAUUCCAU